AAACUUGAUACUUAACCCUCUAUUUAGUUAACUAUAUACCUUACAUAUAGGUAUCAAAGUUCACACUGGAUCCAGUCAUGAAUUUGAUCUGUGUUGUCAAAUGUAAACUUUUACAGUUCAUACCAAUAUUAAUGACCCAUUAACAGCUAAUAGCUUGACUUAACAGAGGGUUAACAGUAAAAAAAAACAUUGAUUAUAUAUAUAUUUUUUUAUCACCAACUUAUACAGACUACGUGAACCAAACCGGUAGAUCUUUGAUCCAUGUGAACGAAGCAAGAUGAUUGCUUUUUGACACUUCGUGCUAGGUCAUCCGCCUUUGUAUUUUGCGUACUUGGUACAUAGAUAAUCUUUGAAUGGAGGAAACUUUCUUCAGAGCCUUUAAAUUUUCUAAAUAGUUUGCGAAAGCUGGUCAUUUUUCUGAUUCCGAAACCAUCUUCACCAAUUGAGAGUAAUCUGUUGCAAAUGUAACCUGAAAUUGACGUAAGUUUCUAAUGCAUUCCAUUGCCUAAAGUAGUGUUUCCAUCUCCGCACGAAGAGGAGAAAGACUAGCCCGACAUUCCUCGUCCAUAUCAAUCCAUCAAAUCCUUCUAGAGUACUAAACAAACCAUGUCCGGAGAAAAUAUCAUUCUCUUUCUAGGAACCAUCUGUGAAACACAAUCUUCCCGAUAAAGUCGUAUGUACAUUCCUCUGUUCGUUCAAUAACAUUGAUUAUAUCAUUCUUUUCAAGAGAGACCUUUGAAUUUUUGUGUUGUUCAAAGUGAUGAUCGCCUUCUAAUGGCAUAUUUGUAAAAACUUACAGGCUCUUCUUAUUCAGAAAGAAUCAUAUGAUACUUAUAACGAUAUUAACGGUCACCAUAAUCUAUCAAUCUUUUUUUUUUUUUGUGGAAUGCGAGAUUCUCUCGUCUUCUCCACGGCUAACCUAAAUCACAGGCAAACCAGUGAAAAUAAUUAGAAGAAUAAUAAAAAUGAAAAUAAACCUCAUAAGCCAUAAACCAUUUCAAUUAUCAUCUUUCAGUUCUUGUGUCUAAUCCUCCCCACAUAGAAAUAAAUAGUAGAAAUAUAGUCACAGCCGGAGAGAAAUGGAAACUCCGGUAAGGGAGGAGAGGAGAUCCACCUCAUCCUCUUCCGGAAAACCACUACAAACCAUCAACGUACCCGCUGAUGACGUCAUCGAGAGUGGUCCAUCCUCUCCCCUUCUCGUCAGAGUCUCUGUCUUCGAAACAGAGCCUAAUGAGACCACCAAGCUUCACCACGCCCCUUCUACUUUGAUCGGAAAAACCGACGACGAUGACUUUCCUCCGAUUAAAACCUUUAGUGACGCUAAGUUCGUAUGCAUGGUUGAAUCAUCAAAGCUUUGGGAAAUAGCUGCACCAAUAGCCUUCAACAUUCUUUGCAACUACGGAGUUAACUCCUUCACGAGCAUCUUCGUCGGCCAUAUCGGCGAUCUCGAGCUCUCCGCCGUCGCGAUCUCUCUCUCCGUCGUCUCCAACUUCUCCUUCGGUUUCUUGCUAGGAAUGGCGAGUGCGUUGGAGACGCUAUGCGGACAAGCGUUUGGAGCGGGACAAAUAGAGAUGUUAGGCGUUUACAUGCAGCGUUCUUGGCUUAUCCUCAUCGGAACAUGCUUCUGCUUGCUUCCGCUCUACGUCUACGCGACUCCUCUUCUCAUUCUCCUCGGCCAAGAACCCCAAAUCGCCGAAAUCUCCGGCAAAUUCACUGCUCAAAUCAUCCCUCAAGUCUUCGCACUCGCCAUCAACUUCCCCACCAAGAAGUUUCUCCAAUCACAGAGCAAAGUCGGGAUCCUCGCCUGGAUCGGUUUCGUCGCCUUGACCCUUCACAUCUUCAUCCUCCACCUCUUUAUAAACGUUUUCAAGUGGGGACUUAACGGCGCAGCGGCUGCCUUUGUUGCCUCCGCUUGGGGGAUCGCCAUCGCGCAGCUUGUUUAUGUUGUUGGGUGGUGUAAAGACGGUUGGCGAGGGCUUUCUUGGUUGGCGUUUCAAGACGUUUGGCCGUUUUUGAAACUGUCCUUUGCGUCUGCGGUUAUGCUUUGUCUUGAGAUUUGGUACUUUAUGACCAUCAUUGUCUUAACCGGACAUCUUGAAGACCCUGUCUUAGCCGUUGGAUCUCUCUCGAUUUGUAUGAACAUUAAUGGAUGGGAAGGAAUGUUGUUCAUUGGAAUCAAUGCAGCUAUAAGUGUUAGGGUGUCUAAUGAGCUAGGAUCGGGACAUCCACGAGCUGCCAAGUACUCGGUGAUUGUAACGGUGAUCGAGUCUCUCUUCAUUGGAGUGGUGUGUGCAAUUGUAAUUCUCAUUACACGAGAUGACUUUGCAGUCAUUUUUACGGAUAGCCAAGAGAUGAGAAAGGCUGUAGCUGAUCUUGCUUACCUUCUCGGCAUAACGAUGAUCCUCAACAGUUUACAACCAGUUAUAUCUGGUGUCGCAGUGGGAGGAGGAUGGCAAGCACCGGUGGCUUAUAUCAACUUGAUUUGUUACUAUGUUUUUGGUUUACCUCUAGGGUUUCUUCUAGGUUAUAAAACCAGACUUGGCGUGCAGGGGAUUUGGAUUGGUAUGAUAUGUGGGACUAGUCUUCAGACUUUGAUCCUUGUGUACAUGAUAUACAAAACCAAUUGGAACAAAGAGGUGGAACAAGCUUCGGAGAGGAUGAAACAAUGGGGAGCUGGAUAUGAGAAAUUAGAAAAAACUGUAACUUGAAGUUUCUCUUAACAGGAUUAUAUAUACAUCUACCCGUUAACUGUAUAUACCUAAUGUAUUUUAACUGUAUAAAUCAAAUUCUUUUGGUCAUAUUGUAUAAAUGAAUUUUAUC